AUGCGUUCUUCUCUGAGCAUCGCAUGCGGUCUCGCAUUUGCCACAGUUGCCUCUGCGAUUCCCACAAUCUCGGUCAAGGGAAGCAAAUUCUUCACCAGCGAUGGCAACCAAUACUUUGACCCUCUCGUCGACAACACCCAGUGCUCAUUGGAUGCAUCGUUGAUGAAGACUCUGGGUGCUAAUGCCAUCCGUGUCUACCACGUGGACCCGGAAGCUGAUCACCAGGCCUGUAUGAAGACUUUCGCAGACGCUGGAAUCUACCUCUUCGUUGAUCUCGACACUUUCACCACUCAGAUCGAGCAGACCAGCCCUCAAUGGAACCAAUCUCAGUACGAUGCAUUCGCCAAGGUCAUGGAUGAGUUCCAACAGUUUGACAACACAGCUGGUUUCUUUGUUGGCAACGAGGUUCUGACUACAGGCAACGGCAGUGUGGCCGCUCCUUAUGUCAAGGCUGCAGCUCGUGAUAUGAAGGCCUACCGCAACAGCAAGAACUACCGCAACAUUCCCGUUGGUUACUCUGCUGCAGAUAUCUCGUCGCUUCGUCCCAACCUUCAGAACUACCUUGCUUGUGGCACCAACUCUUCCGAUGCUCUGGACUUCUUUUCCUUGAACGCUUACGAAUGCUCUUACCAAACCUCUGGCUACGAGCAGUUGACCCAGAACAUUACCGAGUACAACAUCCCCAUCUUCUUCUCCGAGGUCGGUUGCAACACUCCCAAACCCAGAACCUUUGACGACCAGGCCGCCAUCUUUGGCCCUGAGAUGUCGCAAUACUGGAGCGGUGUUAUGAUCUACGAGUGGAUCCAGGAGACCAACGAUUAUGGCCUCAUCUCUUACGGUCCUCAGGUUGCCGCAACUGCAACUGGAGCUAAUAUUGUCGAUGGAUUCACCCGUACUGGAACCCCUACCCCAAUCUCGCCCGACUUUGCCAACUUGAGCAACCACUGGAAAACGCUCACUCCCUCUGGUGUUUCCGAAGCUGCCUACUCUCCCAGCAACUCGGCCCCUGAGUGCCCUGCCUACACUUCUGGUGCCUGGGAGGUCAGCGGUAAUGUCGCUCUUCCCACCAUCGGCCAGGUCUACAAUGCUCAGGUCAGCAGCUCUGCCACCCCUACUUCGGGCGCAAGCGGUACUCAAACUGCCAGUGCCAGCCGUAGCACCGGCAAAGCCACUGGUAGCAGCACUGGAUCGGCCUCGGCUGCUACAACCAGCCAGACCGGCAUGGCUAGCCCCAGCAGAAAGAUUGCUGGUAUGAGCGUUGGUCUGGUCACCGUCAUGCUCGGAUUCAUCUGGUGGUUGUAA